UUCACAUACUUUUAUCUCUCCCUCUCUCACUGCGAAACACUCUCCUCUCUCUAUAGAGCUCCCCGUAUAUCUGCUCGCCAAUUCAAAACCCUAAACCAUAGCUUAUCUGUAUACGAAGAUCGAUUCCCAUCUCCAUUUUCCGUCGUCGCACACAUCUCGAUUUUAAUGCGACUCCUUUCUUUCGUGUUGUUAUUCUGGCAGCUAUCAGUGUUUGAGGUGUUGGCACAUGAUUGAUGUUAGCUUUCAGGGGAAUUGUAUGUUGACAUACCUGUUCUUGUUUCCAAAGCUGAAAAUUUUAGGUUAACCAUCUAUGCCUGGCAACGAACUUGGAGAUAGGGUCCACAAUUUCUUUGCACAAGACAAUUCAUCACAGGGGCAACAUCAAACACAUGGUUUGGAAGGAAACUGGCCAGUGCCUAACAACAAUUUUUGGGUUGGCAGCCCAAGACCUGUUGGUGUGGUGAAUUCAAGCACUAAAAGUUACUCUGGGAAAAACCCAGAAAUAGAUAGAGGGCAGUCUAGCUACCCUGUUCAUGCAGCUCAUGGAUUGAAUUUUUCUCAAUCAAAUCUAAGGCCUGAUUUCUCUGGAAGUCAGUCCCUAAAUGAGCAGCAAUAUUCCAACGGCCAUAUGUAUGGAAAUCAAUAUUCCCAAGGUAGGCAGAAUGAAGCAAACUUCCGGGAAUUGGAUGCAUAUUCUGAUCAACAUAAUUUAUUAGCCUCAAGAGGCUUGUCAGUGCAUGAAUUGCAGAGAAUUAGCGGCCGCGAGCAACUACCAAAGGCUUCAGAUAGAUCAGGAUCAUCUGUCUCUUCGGUUAGUUUUGAUCUAUUUGGUGGUCAGCAGCAGAUGAACCAUCAGCAAGCAAGCCUGCUGCAGGCAUUACAGCGGCAGCAAUCUGGCCUCAAUGACAUGCACCAACUGCAGCAGCAACUCAUGAUCAGGAAAAUGGAAGAGCUUCAAAGACAGCAGCAACUUCAACAGCUGGACUCACGGCCUCAAAAUUCUAAUCAUCAGGUUCCUCAGGUUGCCAAACAGGCAUCUGGAAGCCAGUCCCCUAUGUUUCAUGGUACUCUAAAUUCCGAUGCAUUACGUAAUCCUUGGACUACUGAGCCUGGGACAAACUGGCUUGGUCGUGGUUCUGCUGCCAUGCAAGGAUCCCCUAGUGGCUUUACUUUUCUACCAAAUCUUGGACAGACACACCAAUUAAUAGACAUGGUGAAUCAACAGGCUGAUCAAUCCCUUUAUGGGGUUCCAGUAUCCAAUUCAAGGGGUUUGGGUGUGAACCAAUACUCUCCGAUGGUGACAGAGAGACCGCCAAUGGCUCAAAUGCCAACAUCUGGUAAUUCUCUGCACAGUAAUCAACACAAUUUUUUGCCUGAUAGACUUACUGAGGCGACUUCCAUAUCUCGACAAAACUUUCAAAAUGAAACUAAUGAACAUGGUUCUAGUCAGGCACUAACUACUGGCUUAAUGGAUAUAGGAUUCCACCAGCAAGUGAAUUCAUUGCAGAAUAAUGCAACACAUCAGGACCAUGCGAGGAGUCAGGAGCUGUGUACUGUAUCAGAAACCUCACAAGAAAGAUAUCCAAUGCAAGUAUCUUCACCUCAGAAUGAAGUUACCCUUGAUCCUGCUGAAGAAAAGAUCUUGUAUGGUUCGGAUGAUAAUAUAUGGUCUGCAUUUGGUAAGCUCCCAAGUAUAAGUGGAGAAGCGGGUAAUUUAUUCGAUAGUAGUAAUGGGAUAUCAAAUGGGAUUCCAUCCCUUAACAAUGGUAGCUGGAGUGCUCUCAUGCAGUCUGCGGUGGCUGAAACUUCUAGUGCUGAUAUAAGGCCUCAGGAGGAAUGGAGUAGUCUGAAUUAUCACAAUAUGGAUGGUCCUUCAGCAACUCAGUCCCCCUUAAUUCAUGAUGGAAAUGUCAAACAAUCACCGCUGCACAGUGACAGUGUUCGAAUACCUUCAGCAAAAGGCACUGAAUCCAUUCGCUCCUCUGACCCUCUCAGACCUAUGGGAUUGAAUCAACUUGGGCACACUCUCCUGGGGCAGCCUAGUGAGGCGGUGCCAACUGAUGUUUCUCAAAGGUUUGGGCAGUCUGUUGCAGGAACUAGCGAGUGGCUAAAUCGUAGCCAAGUCCAAAAUCAAUUAACAGGUGAGACUGAUAUACGUGGAAAUGCCUUGGAAAAAGCUGUGGGUGCUGAGAGAAAUGGAAAGAAAGUUUUUGCCGAUUGGCCUCCUGGCCAGGGUGGAACUAAACCUCAAUCAAAUGGUUGGAAUGCUCUGGCAGCUGUACCACCUGCUGGGGAUAGAUCAUUGAAUAGUCAUAAUGCUGAGAAAGUAUCUCAAAAUCAGAACAACCAAGUGAGGGCAAUGCAGGGUCAAAUGGUAGAUGGAGAUUCUUUUAGGAAAUCCAGUCCCUUAGCUAGUGCUGUUGGAUUUGGCUCCGUAAGAUCUAUGACUGGAAAUCACCAAGCAAAUAAUUCCAAAGGAAAUUUGGGUUUUCACAGUGCUGCAUAUUCAGUAGCAAACUCAUGCAAUAUGAUAACUAGUGAUGGAGCUAAUCCAUUCGCUCAGAAUAACUAUUUACCCAAUCAGUGGAAGCAUGCCUCUCCUAAAACAAAAUCCCAAGGGGGUGAAAGCUUAGGGAGAAUGAUUGAUCUGGGUAAUGAUCAGAAUCAAGGGUCAUGGAAGAGCCCCGAUAAUGGUGAAAUGAUAAAUUAUGAUAGGGAGAACUGUGCCAUGAAGGAGAAUUCUAAUGACAGUCAUCGCUCAAACUUAUCUAAUCAUGCUUCAGGUGGCCUCAGGGAAAGUGGAGCAGUUGACGCAAUUGAUUCAAGGUCUCUAUCCUCUGGGAAGCAAAAGUCGAGCAAUCAGCUUGCUAAAAAAGGUUCCGCUCCUCGCAAAUUUCAGUAUCAUCCCAUGGGAAAUCUGGAUGAUGAUGUGGGGCCUACCCAUGACCUUAAGCAGCCUACCCAAGCACAGGCCACUGCUCUGAAGAAUGCCCAUCCUGGCCAGUUAAAUCUGUUUGGUCAGGUUGCAAUAAAUUCUGCAGAAAAGGGUGAAAUUUCAAAAGACAGUAAACACCAUGAUAAAGAGCCUUCUAGUGGUAGCUUCACUGGUUAUGCAGCUGGGACAUCUACUCUUUUUAGUCAAUCAUUUGAUUCAAGCACUAAAAAGGUUACAUCACCCAGCCAAAACAUGCUGGAGCUUCUUCACAAGGUGGAUGUAUCAUCUCAACCACCUGAAGCAGAAAACUCUGAUGGGUCUGCUGGUCACCUUCAGCGCAGACAAUCUUCUUUCUCUAAAGGUUUUGGAUUGCAACUUGGUCCUCCAUCUCAACUAUUGCAAAUUCCAGAUCUUUCAUCACCCUCCCAGAAAGCUCAAAGCAUGGCAAAUGCAGCAUGCACCAGUCUUGCUGGCAUAGGAAUGGCAGAGAAAAGCAUGCACAUGUCAUCUUCGUUGCAAUCUGGGCAGUCCCCAAAUGAAAAAUCUCAGAUGGAAUAUGAAAACCAUGCAUCUGCAGGUCCAAGAAAUCUAGGGAAUGAUAACUCUGUCAGUAAGGGGCCAGGGAACUAUCAUUCAGCAUUUACUUCUGACACUCCAUAUAUGCAAAGUCAACGUCAGAAUAAACAAGCAACAAGGCCAAGCACAAAACCAGCUAUGAAUCAGCACAUUGACUCCUCAUUCAGCUAUAGUGCUUCACACUCAAUGGAAAGAGGUUCUGCAGAGACUGUUCUACCUGAUACCUCUGGCAACCAUCAAAAAAAUAGUCUUCCUUCGUCUGGGGGCUCUGCUCAGCAAAGUGGCCCUUACGAUGUACAGGAGAUAGGUCCAGCUGGAACUGCAUCAUCCAGGGAUCAAAUGUGCGGUUCUCAGCAUUUUGCAAUGUCAAGCAUUUCUCGACAAGGGUCUUCAAGCAAGGUCUUGAGUAACAUGUGGUCUAAUGUUCCUACGCCUCAAAAUACUUCAGCGGCUCAGUAUCCAACAAAUUUUAAUGAGCUACCCCAGCCCAAUAUAUUGGAAUCUAGUUCUCGAGAUGAUCUUGAUGUUGGUAAAGGGGAAAUUUGUACGAAGUCUACUGCAAUGCAUGUUGACGGGCACAUGCAAAGGUUGAAGGAAAACUCUGGAGAGUUAGUCUCUGCCUCGAAAAUAGAAUUGCCUUCCGGAAGUGCGUCUUCUAUUAAGAAUCGCUUGGAUGAUUCUCCUGUUAACUCUGCUUCUACACAAAAGGACAUUGAAAACUUUGGCCGAUCUCUGAAACCUAAUAGCUUUUCUAAUGAAAAUUUUGCCUUACAAAACCAAAUGAGGGACCUGAAGAAUGCCGAGAGUGAUCCAAGCAUUAGGUUUUCAAAGAGAUUAAAAGGACCGGAAAAUGUUCAUGAUAUUCAUCAAUCACAUUUGGGUUCAAGUAGUGGAAUUCCUCCUGAAGAUUCUAGGGUAGUGACCUUUUCUACUCCAUCUGAUAUCAUGCUGAGGAACACUUCACCUCACAGAAAUGCUGCCCCACAGGAUGUUGCUAUGAUGACUGCUCUGCAUGAUUCUACUAGCAAACCUCCUGCUGAUGCUUCUGCUGUUAGAAUUGAGCAUCAUGCGGUUAGCCCCCAGAUGGCACCGUCGUGGUUCAAUCAGUAUGGAUCCUUGAAAAGUGGGCCAUUAUUGCCUAUGCAAAAUAUGCGCCAUGUCAUGUCCUCGAGACCGGAAGAACUUCCAUUUUCUCCUGGAAUGUCUUCUAUGGGUACACCUUAUUUAGAAGAUAAAGCUGUUGCUACUCCUGUUGAGACAUAUGUCGGUGGCGCUCUUAAGAGUUCUGUUCCCACUGUCAAAGCAAAUGAGCACUUAUUUUCUCCUCCAUCAAUGAAGAUGAAUGUUUCUGAUCAGCAUCAGGUGAUUUUGAGACCCAAGAAGCGUAAGACUGCUACUUCUGAACUUCUUUCAUGGUAUGAAGAGAUAAGACAUUGUUCACAAAGUCCUUCAAUUCUCAGUUUGGUAGAAGCAAACUGGAGUAGAGCAGCAAAUCGUCUUACUGAAAAGGUUGAAGAUGAUAUCGACCUGAUUGAAGAUGGACCUCCAUUGCUUAGGUCAAAGAGACGGCUUAUUUUGACAACACAACUUAUGCAGCAAUUAUUUUGUCCUCUGCCAGCAACAGUUCUAUCUGCUGAUGCUAUUUCCGAAUAUGAAAGUUUGGCUUAUGCCGUAUCUAGGGUAGCACUUGGAGAUGCAUGCAGUGCGCUAUCUACCUCUUGUAAUUUGGAUUCGCCCCGUCAUGACAUGAAUAUACAUGCUGCUAAGGGCAAACUCAACGGUGAUUCAUGUUUUGCGAAAGUCAUUGAAGAUCUAUCAGGAAAAGCUGGGAAGCUAGAAAAUGACUUAUUGAGGCUGGACAAGAGUGCAUCAAUAUUGGAUUUGAGAUUGGAAUGCCAAGAUUUAGAGAAGUUUUCUGUCAUCAAUCGAUUUGCUAAGUUUCAUGGUCGGGGGCAAACUGAUAAUGCAGUGAUAUCCACUGAUGCGACAGCAGCUACUCAAAGACCUUGUGCACAGAGAUAUAUAACUGCUGUGCCCAUGCCUAAAAGUCUUCCUGACUGGGUACAAUGUCUCUCACUAUAAUGAUUAUUGAUUUAUUUUUUGUCUGCUGAUGUGAACUGUGUCCAGUACUUUAUUGACUGGCACUUUCACCAAGGACAAUUAAAUGGCGAAUUGCAGGAGGAUGGACAUGAAGUCUCCUCAAAUGUGUUGGUCUUUUCAGUUAGGCAUUUAUGUCAUUAUUGAGAAAUGCAAGGUUCAGUUCAUGUACCGCUCUAUGAAAUGGAAAAAAAUUGGGAUUGCCCAUCAUUUUUGCCUAGACGGGGGUAAUAUUAAGUGCCACAUGCAAAUGGAUAUAUGACACUUAGGUAGAGAAAUAUUUUAUUAUGUAUAUUCAGUAUGUUUUCUUCU